AUGACUCUAUCUUCUCUGCGCAGCCGUGGCUCGGCCACUCUAUCUGCAGCUAGGAAGAAACUUGAGCUCCGGCUCACUCAACCUGAAAGCUGGAAACUCCCGAAACAACACAGUAGCAUUGCACCACCGGGUGUGUGGACCAAUGCGGACCAAGAUCCCAUUCCGCCAGAGUUACGAACAUGGACAGAGAUGACUUUCAUCACGUACUGGUACAGUGACCUGGUUACAAUCAGUGGCUGGUCUGCCGCUGGCGCCAUCUUGACUGCUGGUCUCUCUGCCACUGAUGCAAUCCUCAUCACGUUGACUGCAGGUAUUUGCAAUGCCAUUCCCACCGUAUUGAAUGGCGCCAUUGGGUCGGACCUUCACGUUCCUUUCCCCAUCGCUGUUCGCGCCAGUUAUGGUUAUUGGCUCAGCUACUUCUGUGUCAUCAGCCGAGCCAUUCUCGCCAUGUUCUGGUUCGGAGUCCAGAGUGUCGGUGGCGGGCAAUGCGUGACUGCGAUGAUUCUAGCUAUCUGGCCAAGCUAUGCGAAACUUGAGAACACCCUGCCCAAGUCCAUCGGUAUAACGACUCAAGGCAUGGUGUCGUACCUCAUAUACUGGCUGCUGCUGUUCAAUGCAAAAGCGGUCCUCGUCACACCCAUGGCUCUCGCCAUCGUGAUCUGGAUCGCGGUCAAAGCUGGUAAUAAGUCCUCGGGCUUCUUUUAUGCUCCGGCCACCGUCUCCGGUUCGACCAGAGCCUGGCUUUGGUUGUCUAACUUGACAUCUGUUACUGGAGGUUACACUACGUUGACAGUCAAUAUUCCUGAUUUUUCGAGGUUCAGCAAAACAAAAGGCGCAAAUCUCUGGCAACUUCCAGCAAUCCCCUUCUUCAAAACGAUUGUCGGCAUCUUUGGCAUCGUUGCCGCAGGGGCUGCCAAGGAGGUGUACGGUGAGGCGCUUUGGAACCCAAUUGAUAUCAUCAACAAAUGGCAAGAUAACCCUGGUGGGCGAGCGGCUGCCUUUUUCUGUGCGCUCAUCUGGCUCCUGGCACAGAUCAGCGUCAACAUCAGCGCCAACGGCGUUUCCUUCGCCAACGACAUAGCUUCCAUAGCGCCCAAGUGGUUCAACAUCCGCCGAGGAGUAAUUCUUGUCUCCUUCCUCGGCGGCUGGGCGUUGUGCCCUUGGAUCAUCUUGGCUUCGGCAAAGGCCUUUAUGAGGUUCAUGUCCGCAUAUGCCAUCUUCAUGGCCCCGAUAGCGGGUAUCUUGACAACCGACUACUGGCUCAUCAAGCGUCGCAAGUAUAAUGUCCCUGCGCUCUACGAUCCGCAUGGAAUUUAUCGCUUUGGGUGGGGUGGUAACUGGAGAGCCUUGGUCACAACGGUUCUCAUUAUCACGCCUCUUUUGCCUGCUCUUGGGCACGAAGUAAACCCCGAGGGCGUGCCUGUUCCAGAUGGUCUACAGAAGCUGUUUAAGUUUAACUGGAUCUACGGAUUCGUGACCUCGAUCGUGCUCUAUUACACACUGAAUAUAGUUUCACCCCAUCGAGAGACCCUAAUACCUCGGGUUGUUUAUGGAGAUCAACGCUCAAUUGAUGGGGUAAAUCCCAAUGGAGGUUUCUCAAAAACCGGUACAGAGGGCAAAAUAGAUGAGAUUGAGCCAGUUUAG